UGCUAUUUGCAUCGUUGCCAGGCGAUAGUGAGUCAGCCCUCGACAGCGGGGGAACCUGGGUGGAGGAAUCCGAGUGGAGGCGCCAGCGGACCAUGUGCGCUGACACGAUUGCGAUGUCCAGUGGGCGUGGGACGCUUUCUUUCUCUGCCCAUGCUCGUCUGGCCAUUUUAAGAGCGCGGGACUGUGCUAGGUGAUCUCGGUAGGAUUACAAACUGUCUUUUUAUUUUUUAUUUUUUUGGAGACCGGGCAAUUCUUUUAGGGCACAUAUCCGAUCGCUCGCAAGCCCGAACCCUACAGCUCGGAAUUAGCUCAGCUGCAUCAUGCAAGCGGGUACGUCGCUAGCUGCGCAGCCACCGGUUCGCCUCUCCUUUUUCCUUGAGCAGCGGCACACCUUGUUUUCCCUUCAGAAUUCGACGCAGAGCAGGUGGUGGUGGCCCAAUAGGCAGCCAGCGAAUCUGCGAGUGGGUCGCCUCGCUGCCCCACGCCUUUGUGGGCCAUCCGCUGCUGCAAUUGUUUUUCAUCAUAAAAGAGAUAUGGAGGGCAGGGAAUACCUUGUCCACAACUUUCAGACCUGGAGGGAUACACCGCCAGUAGUAUCUCCUAAGGAUACCCGAGCACAAAGCAGCUCUCCCCCCUCAAGGGCACCUGUGCGUGUUCCCCUGCUCUUGACAGUCUCUCUGGCAGGCUGCUUGACGCGUCUUGGCACUCAAAAAGAAAAAAGUCCUGCUCGGCUGCCUAUAGGCUCGACAGAUUUCGUAUCUAUUGCGGCAUUUGUCCACAACAUCCCUUUUUCGCCCUCUCGUCUUCUCUUAUUUCUAUACACUUGCUGAAUGGCCCACCCCCUUUAAAUUUUCAUUUUUCUCCUUCUCAAGCAUGGCGUAUAGUCACGACAGCGACCGGACAAACACCCCGUCCGAGCACGAGCACAUUCCAAGCCAGGGGCAAUCUGCAC